AUGCACAUAUUCACUCUUCUCAAACCGGAUGAGCCGUUCGCAUCGUGUCUUCUCGGAAUUUUCAUGGAAACCGAAUGCGAGAAUUCGAAGGGUCGGAAAGAGCUGAUGGGACAGCUUUUAUCGCGCUUUAAUGGCAAAGAUCAUGAGCUGGAGGCAAUUCGUGAGAUCUUCAACGAAAUUUCUAGCGACCCGGGAGUACAUGCCAGCAGGAAGAAUGCCUCAGAUGAGGGAUUCGCUCUCUGCCAACGUUUGGUAUCUCUGACUAGAACAGAGACCGUUCACGUUGCUGCGGCCCAACUCAAGAUCUGGGAACGUCGUUCCAACGCCGGAGACUCCUCCAGCUCGCGCUCACUUGCCACCGUUCUGCAAUUCCCAACUUUGGCGAAGCCAGAAUUAGCUCGAGAAUUCUUCGACCAAGCGGUCGGCCGCAUUCUAGAAACAGCAAAUGAAGUGGAGGCUAUGGUCGUUCCAACCGCGCGAAAAGACAGGGAAGGAGCACAGAGCGUUCUUGAUCGGUUUUGGAUAGAACCACAACUUUCAUCUCCAGCAGAAGAGAUGAUUGUGAACAGCUUCCUGCAGAUCUACUCGCUCAUGUUGAAGAAGUGGACGACAGACAUUUCGAACUACAGUUCCCGACUUCUGACUUGA